AUGACCGACGAAUGCAAAUGCCCAGAAUGCCCCAACGACGUUCAAAAAUAUUACACGGCUGACGCACUGCGCAGACAUAUAUGGAACCUUCACACGACGAGAAGUUGGGUCACGUUUAAUGGUGAAAGUCAGCUUGUCGAAAAAAUAAAACCUAGCAACAAGCAGAAUGAGGUGUUCCACUGCCCAGUCAAAGAGUGCCCUAAAAAGUACGAGACCCUUCAAUACUUUGCAAAGCAUAUUGUGCAGCAUGGUAGAGAAGCAUCGGCAAAGGACCUGUCUGACUCUCGACAAAAGCGUGAAGCAGAUGAGGACUUGAAUUCCGGGCCAACAAUGGUAGACCACGACACAUCCAUUUUGAUUGCCUGCGACGCUCUCGAAUCAUCAAAACAAUGCCAACAAGAUAAAAUCAUGCUUUCAAAGAUCGCCCGCUGCCAACCUGUCGUACUAACCAGCGACAACGAAGAAUAUCAUUGUUUAGCAUCUGCGUCGACUGUGGCAAGACUCGUGAAUUCACAGCCACAAGCAUUGACGUUCACAGCCCUGACCAAACUAGCUCCAUCCGAUUGCAACAGUGAGAUAAUCCUGAAUACAGCAACCACGACUGAUGGUAUUAUGGAGCAUCUAGUCCACAACAGCCCUUUGAACGACACGCUAUCCAGCAAGCAUUUCAUUGAAAUAGAUCAGGAAUUAUGCAACUAG